AUCAAUGGCGACCAACAAACUGUUUAUCGUAACUGAAGAAUUUCGUGAUGAAGAUUUCGAUCGACCGGAUGUGCCCGACUGGUUUCGACAUCAGAUGACUGACAACGGGAAAGGUGUUGCGAAUGGUUUUGAGAAAGAUGAACCAACUAGUAAACCAUAUAAGACGAUAAUCGUAUGGCGUAACGUGAUCGCUAUGACUAUAUUGCAUUUGGCCGCUUUGUACGGAAUUCAUCUAGCAAUAUGGAAUGCUCGUCGCAAAACGAUUGCUUGGUCAUGUCUAAUGGCAGUGGUCGGUGGAUUGGGCGUAUUGGCCGGUUCGCAUAGACUUUGGACACAUCGAUCGUACAAAGCUCGAUGGCCGUUACGGUUAUUGCUCAUGAUGGCCCAGACAAUCGCUCUACAGAAUGACAUUUACGAAUGGGUUCGCGACCAUCGAGUUCAUCACAAAUUUUCCGACACAGAUGCCGAUCCUCAUAAUUCGCGUCGAGGUUUCUUUUUUUCACACAUGGGCUGGUUGUUGUGUCGUAAACAUCCCGAGGUAAAAGCUAAAGGUGCUCUUAUCGAUAUGUCGGACGUAUGGGCAGAUCCUAUUGUUCGAUUCCAGCGUCGAUUCUACAUUCCGUUAGUCAUUUUGUUAUGGGGUAUAUUUCCGGUUUGGGUACCCGUUCAUUACUGGAACGAAAACCUAGAGGUUUCUAUUAUGGCAAACGCUCUUCGUUAUGUGAUGCUAUUACAUCAGGCUUGGUCAGUCAAUUCGGCAGCCCAUCUUUUUGGCUAUCGAUUCUAUGAGCGAUCGAUUGAACCGCGAGAGAACUACUGGGUAGUCUACCUGAGUUUAGGCGAAGGAUAUCACAACUAUCAUCACACCUUUCCUUGGGACUAUUCUGCCAGCGAACAUGGAUGGAAACACAAUUUCAAUGUAACUACAGCUUUCAUUGAUCUUGCGGCUUGGCUUGGUUUGGCAUAUGAUCGUAGAAUUGUAUCUCGAAAAGUGAUCGAACAACGUUUGGAACGAACUGGUGAUAGACAACAGCCACUUGGAGCCAUGAUGGAUAAACAGCGGAAGCCUGUUUCCUUCCUGUUUGACUUAGUGUCCGGUAUUCUUGUUUCGACGGCAUUAAUUUUCCUUAUUCUCAUCUUAAGGUAUAUUUUACGCUGAUGACAAACUGAUUUAUUGUUACUGACUUCCUUGUGAUCAUUAAAUCAUAACUCACACACAUAUGCACACACACACACUUGAUUGGCAAAUAAAGGAAAAACUAGCCAAAUUGACA